AUGGAGAAAACAAAUCCUAGCCGUGUGAACAAAGAGGCAAGGAAGACAAGAGCUAUACUUUCCUCUCAAGCUGCAGAGGCAGAAAGUUCAGACUCGUCUAUCCAAGCCGAAGUAAGAACAAAACAGCGUAAUGAUAGACCAUCUGCCGCUGAAAAACAAACAGGAAAGAGGAAAUCAGUGGAACAAGGGGAAGGUAGUCGGGCUGAAAGAGCAUCAAAGAGAAAAACUACAGGAAAAAAUCCAUGCACAGAUGAGGGUGAAACAGUAGAGAAACAACAAAAAAUGUGGAAUACAAGAAUGAGCCCGAAUAUUGUGGCUGAGUUUGUUCAACAGCUGACUAAUGAACAGAAAAGGGCUGUGGAGGAGAUCGGUUUUGGAGGGAUAUUACACCUCCAACUAACAAAGAGUGAAGGCCCUCUAAUGAAGUACUUGAUUAGGCAGUUUGAUGUUUAUCGCUCUGCAAUCCGACUCGAAGGGGGUGAAUUGCUGCUUAUAGAAGAGGAUGAUGUUCAAAGAACAUUGGGGAUUCCACAAGGGAGCAACGUGGUUGAGGAGGCCACAAGAUUUGAGCAUAUGGCAAAAGAUGGUGAUAGUGCAGCGUAUGCCAACCUUGUGGCCUCAUGGAGGGAGCGAUGGGGAAUUGAUGGUAAAUCCCCAAUCACAACAUCAAUGCCAGUGCAAAUUCUGAAAAGAGGAGACCAUGGAGAUAUGUUUAAACGCGACUUUGUCCUGUUUAUAGUAUCGGCAAUGCUGUGUGGCCACCAAGAUAGGUGUUGCAACUUUAGGAUUUUAAAAUCCUUGAUAGACCUUGACCAAAUCAAGACCUACAAUUGGUGUGCCUAUACACACAAGUCUAUGGUCGACUCCAUUCAAUCUUUUCAGAAAAAUGACAAGCAAUUCUUCACUGGACCCGUUGCAUUCAUCCUACUUGUGUACUUUGACCGAGUACAGUUCAAGGGGAUGAGAGUGAAUAGAACAUACCCAACCAUUGUUGGGUGGAGUGCUGAACUUGCAAGAAAAAGGGUUAGAGAAGAAAACAAAGCAGGGUCAUUUGGAAGGGGGACAGUGCUCCCUAGAAUAUCAAAACCUACUGAUAUUGCUGCUGCCACCUCCAGGCAAAAUGAUCAACCUCCUGUUGCUGCAUUGAAUAUCCCAUCAUCAAGCGUAGAUAAGGUGGCCGGGAUCCUACAAAAGUUGGCUUCGACAGUAGGAGAGUUUGGUGAGGCUAUGGCUGAAAUUGGAAAGCAAGGAGCACCCGUAAAUGUGAUGAGGAAGACAUUUUCGGGCUUAUCUAACAUGCUAAAUGUUGCCAGCACCAUAGAAGCCACUGCAACCCCAACAUCCUCCCAGCUAGACGACAUCUUCUUUGGUAGUGAAAGCUUCACUACGGCUGUGGAUGCCCUUGUCGAAGCCUUUGAAAAGACAAGGAAGCAAAUAGACCCUAAUGCCCCUCCUUUUGACUUGGGGCUAUCUCAAGCAACACAGCCAUCGGACCAAAUAGAUGCUCCGACCUUUGAUUUGGGGCUGAGUCCAUCACCAGCAGCAGCACAGCAACAGGAGGGGGAUUUAGUGCUGACUCCACCACCACAACCAGCACAGCAGCAAGGGAGUGAUUUGGGGCUGACUCCAACACCACCACCAGCACAGCAGCAACAGAAGGACAAGGAGCAGCAGCAAGACAAGGAGAAAGAGAAGGAGAAAGAGCAAGAGACAGAGGAUGAUGCGGGGGGACCGGGGAUUGAUGCCCUGGUGGAUAGAAUUGCAGGGGAAGCCACAAAAGAUGCAACAUUUUCAACCCCUGCUGUGACUAGAGUUCCUUUUCAAAGGGCUGAUUCCCCUGCUGAUGAAUUUGAUAGUGCAUUGGCCGAGAGUGAAUCGGACGUUGAGGAUGUCAUUACUAGAAAGAGGCCUCAACGAAAGUUCAAAAACAUCCCCCUCAACCUACGGUCUCCAUUCUGGAACGAGCAUGGGAUGAAAAUAAAAAAUGCCACUGUCCCAGAUAAACUCCUUUCGAACUAUGCAUUUGUACAAGUUUCUAGUGAACAUCCUAAAGAUGAGUUACUUUUCAACUUUGGUGACAUUGAGAUCACUAGGGAUCACUUCAUCUCGCUCAGUGUUGGCCAAGUUGAAAAUAUCUUCUUGGAUGUAUGGGCAUUGAGGCUCUCAAUGCUUGACAAAGAGCGUGCACCCGGGCAACCAAAGAGGGUGUUUUUCAGCACAAUUGCCUACUGGUAG